UAGAUAUUGUAAAAUUAUUAACAAUAUGAAAAUCCUACUUUUGAUUAAAUUAAGUGAAAAUUGUUGCAGGCCCCUCUCUCUCUCUCCCUCUCUUUUCUUUCAACGUGAAUAAAUCUUUUUGUGGCUUUUACGUGGACCUGGACAAAAUUCUUUCUUUGUUCCUUGAAAGUAUUUUAUCUGGUCUUUCCAUUGUGAAUACCUACAUCCACAUAAUCCCAUUAAGAAACCUACAAUUUUCUCGAUUUUCGAGGAAAAACCCAGCAAAACUCUGAAGGGGUUUCAAUAAAGAUUGAGUUUUUACAGAUAAGUUUUCUCUAUCACCAUAUUUGUCUUAAUUUUUUCUUUCUUUUUCUCACUAGAGGAAAGAAGCCUUGAAACUUUCUUUCUAGCUGAAUAAAGGUUCCACCUUUAUCUUCAUUUCUAACCAAAUCUUGAAUUGCGUGUUAAUUAAGGGAAGGACCUUCUUGCAUUUUCGCUAUCUAUUUUUAUUUUCUUUCCAUUUGUGGGAUUUUGGAGGAUUUAUCUCAAGUUUAUUGAUAGUAUUUGGGGUUUGAUUUCAAUAUCUGUAUCUCAGAUUGAUUCACCUUUUCUUCCUCUUCGCAUUUGUUGGCUUGAUAGCUUGUCUAUACUGAUCAAUUUGAAGCUAAUUAGUUGACUUUGGGAAUAAACUUUUGUUGGAAUAGUAGUGUUGGGAGUUAGUUCCAUAUCAAGAUUUUGGUAGUUUGAAAUUAAGUAUUGGGAUUUAGCAUGGGGAAACAUGGUGGGAAGAAGAAAAAAUCUAGUGGGCAGAAAUCAGUUGAAUCAAAUAUCAGGCAGAGUAAGGGCAGUGAGGCUAGCCAGAGAGCUUAUGAUAAGGACACAGCCGUAUUCAUUUUGAUGUCUCAGGAAUUGAAGGAAGAGGGUAAUAGGAUGUUUCAGAAGAGGGAGUAUGAGGGUGCUAUGUUGAACUAUGAGAAAGGGAUAAAGCUGCUUCCUAGGAAUCACAUAGACGUUGCGUAUCUUAGGAGUAAUAUGGCCGCAUGCUAUAUGCAAUUAGGUAUUAGUGAGUACCCAAGGGCGAUUCAUGAGUGCAAUCUAGCUCUUGAAGUCUCUCCGAGAUACAGCAAGGCCCUGUUGAAGAGGGCUAGGUGUUAUGAAGCACUCAACAAGCUAGAUUUGGCGCGUAGAGAUGUUGGAACUGUGCUGAAGAUGGAGCCGAACAAUCUCAUGGCUAUUGAGAUUUCGGAGAGGGUUGAAAUGACAAUUGAGAGACAAGGGUCUAGAGAAAAUGAGAUUCCUGUGGAUUUGGUGGUUCCGUUACCUGAGUAUUUAGAGCCACUGCCUUUGGCACAAACCAAGGCAAGCAAAGAGAAGUCGAGGAAAAAGAAAAGUAGCAAUUUGAAGGUGGAGAAAGUCGAUUGCAAUGUAGAGGAGAAUGUGAAGGGGAAGAAAGUCAAUGGCAAUGCAGAGGAGAACGCGGAGGAGAAGAAAGUCAAUGGCAAAGUAGAGAACAAUGUCAAUGGAAAUGUAGAGGAGAGCGCAAAGGAGAAGACAUUUGGUGGCAAUAUAGAGGAAAAUGCGAAGGAUGAGAAAGUUGGCAAUAUAGGGGGAAGUAAGGAUGGUAAAACAAAACAUGGGAAGAAAAUGAAAAGAAAAGUGAGAGAAAGCAAAGUUGAUGUUGAUGUUGUGUUGAGAAAGGCUGAUGAUCAAAUUGAGGAAAGGAAAACUGAAGACAAAUUGGUGGUGGAGGAAGAAAAAUUUACGAAUAAUGCAGAGGAAGAGCCUACAAGAACAGUGAAAUUAGUAUUCGGAGAAGACAUAAGAUGGGCUCAGAUUCCUCUCAACUGCAAUGUUUUGAAACUGAGGGAGGUCAUUGUUGAUCGUUUUCCCAGCUCCAAGGCUGUUCUUGUUAAGUAUAGGGAUCAAGAAGGCGAUUUGGUUACUAUCACUUCAACAGAAGAACUGAGGUUGGCUGAAGCUUCUACCGAACAUGGUUCUGUGAAGCUGUAUAUAGUUGAAGUUAAUCCGGAUCAAGAUCCAUUAUUUAAAAAGAUUAGGAAGGAUGAAUCGAUAGACAUUCUUGACUUGAAAAAUGUCACUGAAAAUGGGCAUGUAGGAAACGGGAAGGAAGUCCGGACUGAGUCGGCUUGUAUCAGUGAUUGGAUCAUACAGUUUGCUCAGUUAUUCAAGAACCAUGUCGGGUUUGAUGUUGAAGCCUAUCUAGAUCUCCAUGAGGUCGGGAUGAAGCUCUACUCAGACGCCAUGGAAGAGACGGUUACUAGUGAAGAAGCUCAAGAGCUUUUCUGCAGUGCUGCAGAGAAAUUCCAGGAGAUGGCAGCCUUGGCUUUGUUCAAUUGGGGUAAUGUCCACAUGUCCAGAGCAAGAAAGAGAGUAUAUUUGACAGAAGAUUCUUCAAAAGAAUCUAUGCUCACACAGGUCAAGUCUGUGUACGACUGGGCACAAACAGAGUACGUGAAUGCAGGAAAAAGAUACGAAGAGGCUCUAAAUAUUAAACCAAAUUUCCAUGAAGCCAUUCUAGCUCUAGGGCAGCAACAGUUUGAACAGGCUAAACUCUCUUGGUACUUUGCAACUGGAACCGAUGUUGAUUUGGAAUCAUGGCCCUCGUCGGAAGUUCUUCAUCUUUACAACAGGGCCGAAGAAAACAUGGAAAAGGGAAUGCAAAUGUGGGCGGAGGAACAGGAAGUCAAUGAAUCAUCCCGGCCUAAUAAAACCGAAAUUCAAUUGCAAAAUAUGAAACUCAACAACUUGUUCAAACACGUGUCAGCAGACGAAGCUGCAGAACAGGUUUCUAACAUACGGGCUCAGAUACACGUAUUAUGGGGCACGAUGCUAUAUGAAAGAUCAAUAAUGGAAUUCAAACUAGGACUUCCCGUGUGGCAUGAAUGCCUCGAGGUUGCUGUAGAAAAAUUUGAACUUGCUGGAGCUGCUCCAACUGAUAUUGCUGUUAUGAUAAAGAAUCAUAUCUCCAAUGGCACGGCAUCAGAAGGGGGAUUUAAUAUUGACGAAUUAGUACAAGCAUGGAACGAGAUGUAUGAAGCGAAAAAGUGGCAGAGCAGCAUUCCCUCAUUUCGGUUAGAGCCACUGCUCCGGCGGCGAGUUUCAAAAAUCUAUUACGCCCUUGAAAAUGCAUAGUUGCUCAUAUUGAUGUGUCUGACAAGUAGUACUCAGCACUCAGCAGAGCGUUUGGUUGGAAGGGUUCGUGUUUUUGCAUUUUGGGCUUACAUGUUGUAUCACCUUCUGCUUCAGAUAUUUCUUCACCCUGUUGGGACACACGACGUUGGUUGCGCUGGUGCAGCAUCUCGUGUAAUUAUAGCAAGGAAAAACAAUCUGUAGGUGCGGGUUAGCAAGUUGGAUGAGCAGAAAAUCAUUUUUUUUGUCACUUCUGCUCCAUUGUUAAUGCAGUUGCAUGCCUUUAGAGAACAUACGAAGAUUGUUUCGUACCAUUUUUUCUUUUUAGUUAUUUUAUUUUUUCCUUUAGGUCUUUCAUGAUAGUAAUUUUGAAUUGUCUCAAUUGCAAGUGUGCCAAUAUUCCGAAAUGUCCAGCCAUUUCCAACUAUGAAUUUAGUUAUCAAUCGAAUGAAUACAAGCGUUCUUUUUAUUUAUAA